UUCAUUUUCACUCUAGUCUCUUCUCUUUUCCUUUUUAAAAUAAUACUACUGCAAUGUGCAACCUGUGCCCUCUCAAGUACUUGCCUGCAAGUUUGCGAUCCAGUGGAAUUCAGGCGAUGGGAGACGAUAAAUCUUCCAGUCCCCGUCACAAAAUUGCCUUCCAAGCAACAAAGUACCAGCAAUGGUGCUUGUUUGCUCAAAUGAAGUUCGUUUGCAUGGUUGCUUCAGUUUUCAUGAUGUUGCCCAAUGCGGCUGCAUAUGACCCAUUAGAUCCAAAUGGGAACAUAACCAUCAAAUGGGAUGUAAUGUCUUGGACACCAGAUGGUUAUGUGGCUACAGUAACCAUGAGCAACUUCCAAAUGUACCGGCACAUCAUGAGCCCUGGCUGGACUCUGUCAUGGUCAUGGGCUAAAAAGGAAGUGAUAUGGUCAAUGGUGGGAGCUCAAGCCACAGAACAAGGAGACUGUUCCAAGUUCAAGGGAAAUAUACCUCAUUGCUGCAAGAAGACCCCAACAAUUGUUGACUUUCUCCCUGGAGUCCCUUACAAUCAGCAAUUCACCAAUUGUUGCAAGGGUGGUGUGGUGGCAGCAUGGGGGCAGGAUCCUACAGCUUCAGUCUCAGCCUUUCAGGUCAGUGUUGGACUUGCUGGCACAUCCAAUAAAACAGUGAAACUGCCCAAGAAUUUCACUUUGCUUGGUCCAGGACCAGGGUACACUUGUGGGCCUGCAAAGGUCGUGCCAUCCACCAUCUUCUUCACACCCGAUCAUAGGCGAAAAACUCAAGCACUGAUGACAUGGAAUGUAACAUGCACUUACUCACAGUUUCUAGCUUCCAAAAAUCCAAGCUGUUGUGUUUCCUUCUCCUCUUUCUACAAUGAGACAAUCACUCCUUGUCCUUCUUGUGCGUGUGGAUGCCAGAACAAGAAGAAUUGUAUCAAGAGUAACUCAAAGGAAGCACAUAGAAAGGGAGUAAACACACCAAAGAAGGACAAUACACCACUGCUUCAAUGUACACAUCAUAUGUGCCCGAUUCGAGUGCACUGGCAUGUGAAGGUCAACUACAGAGAAUACUGGCGUGCAAAGAUUGCUGUUACUAAUUUCAACUACAGGUUGAACUACACACAGUGGACACUCGUUAUUCAGCAUCCCAAUCUCAACAAUGUCACACAAGUCUUCAGCUUUGAUUACAAGCCUCUUGUACCCUACGAAUCCAUAAAUGAUACUGGUAUGUUCUAUGGUAUGAAGUUUUACAAUGACCUUCUAAUGGAAGCUGGACCUUUUGGAAAUGUCCAGUCUGAGGUGCUUCUACGGAAAGACAAGAACACUUUUACCCUGAAGCAGGGGUGGGGAUUUCCCAGGAAAGUUUAUUUCAAUGGUGAUGAAUGCAAGAUGCCACCACCAGAUGCAUACCCAUAUCUGCCAAAUUCUGCCUAUGCAAAUCCAGUUGCAUUUUCAACAAUGGCAGCUUCUUUGCUUUUGAUGUUACUUUCAAUAUGGUGAUCUAUCUUCUAUGGGGGAAAUUUUAUUCUUCAGAUCUCUUUGUAACAGAUAAUGCAGAUGCAGUUUAGGAAGCCAGAAAAUUUUUUUUACCACAGGUAUAUAUAUCAAUGUUAACUCUCAUAAACAAGCUAGAAAGGAGGAUGUGCUUUUGAGUGUGGGAUAAUUCACUUGCCAAUAUCUUUUACACGAGUGAAUAAACAUGUUGAAACUAUAAUACCUCCCAAACAUAUCCGGAAUUUCCAAGGCAUCUGCAGUGCAUCAGUAUAAAAUCAAAUUGAUUCAUUUUUUA